UCAACUGGACCAGAAGAUUGUUUCCACAUUGAAACAGUCUCCUCUUGUUCUUUUUCAACUCUCCAGCAGAAUCCAAUGGAUUCUACAAUCUCCGUCACCACACCGGCGUAGAUGGCACUCUUCAAGGCUCUCCACCGCCAUUUCGCCGCCACGGAUCCUCAUCGCCUUCCUCUUCUCCGCCGCAGCCUCAAAUGCGCAGUUAAUUCCUACGCCUCCCGCCACAUUCCGAGCUCACCCGCGGUUUUCAGUUUCUCGUCGUCGCUCAGUGCCUUCCGCGUGCUGCUUCCAUCGCGACCUCCGUGCCGUUUACGGUGCGUUUCAAGCUCCGUCGCUUCCUUCGCUUCUGAAGCCGGCGGCGAGUCUGGAGACGGUAGCGUGAAGUUAGUUGGAGACGCGACUCAGGAGGUUUCGGCGCUUUCGCCUGAUGUGAUCAUUCUCGAUGUUUCGGGAAUGACGUGCGGUGGAUGUGCUGCGACUGUAAAGAGGAUUCUGGAAAGUCGUCCCCAAGUGUCAUCUGCUAGUGUGAAUCUAACUACAGAGACAGCAAUAGUUUGGCCUGUAUCUGAAGUGAAAAAAGCACCAAAUUGGCAGAAGCAUUUAGGGGAGGCACUUGCAGAGCAUUUGACUAACUGUGGAUAUAGCUCCAGCCUUCGAGGUUCUAUCUGGAGUGAAAUCAGAUGGGAAAAAGAAGUUCAUAAAUGAACUACAGAAAGAUCAGAAGAUUGUAGCUAUGGUUGGUGAUGGAGUUAAUGAUGCAGCUGCCCUGGCCUCUUCACAUAUUGGUAUCGCAUUAAGUGGAGGUGUUGGAGUUGCUAGUGAGGUGUCUUCUAUUGUAUUGAUGUGCAACCAGCUCUCACAAUUAGUUGAUGCUUUGGAGCUCAGCAGGCUAACCAUGAAUACUGUAAAACAAAAUCUUUGGUGGGCCUUCAUAUACAACAUUGUA